CGCGGGGAGGACCGUGAGGAAGGCGGAGGGGAGGGAGGAGCGCGGUGGCUUCUGAGGACACAGCCAGUGCGGGGCGGAGAGGACAGGGGUGACCGGCCUCCGAGGUUCCCCUGAGGGUGUGGCUGUUGGUGUGACCUUUGAGGACGUUGCCCUGUACUUCUCCAGGGAGGAAUGGAGCCUCCUUGAUGAGGGUCAGAGACAGCUGUACCUGAAUGUGAUGCUGGAGAACUUUGAACUUCUAUCCUCACUGGGAUUUGAACCUGCAAACACAGCAUUUGCCCCAAACAAGAAUGUAAUUGCCAACUUUUUGGUGCAUGGGAUAACGUCUAACCAACACAGCCACAGUGGAGAAAAGCCUUAUAAAUGCAGUGAAUGUGGGAAAUCUUUUACAAGGAGCACUAAUCUUCGUCUUCAUCACAGAAUUCACACUGGAGAAAAGCUUUAUAAAUGCAGUGAUUGUGGGAAAUCUUUUACCCAAAGCUCUGCCCUUUGUAAACAUCAGAGACUUCAUACAGGAGAAAAGCCUUAUAAUUGCAGUGAAUGUGGGAAGUGUUUUACCCAGAGCUCUGCCCUUUAUAAUCAUCAGAGACUUCAUACUGGAGAAAAGCCUUAUCAAUGCAAUGAAUGCGGGAAAUCUUUCAACAGGACUAGUCAUCUUCAUGAACAUCAUCAGAGAAUUCACACUGGAUUAAAGCCUUAUAAAUGCAGCAAUUGUGAAAAAUCUUUUAGCACUAGCACUGGCCUUCACUGUCAUGAGAAAGUUCACACUGGAGAAAAGACUAAUAAAUGCACCGAAUGUGGGAAAUCUUUUACCAGGAGCACUUCCCUUCGAUAUCAUCAGAGAUUGCACACUGGAGAAAGGCCCUAUGAGUGCAGUAAGUGUGGGAAAUCUUUUUCCAGGAGCAAUGACCUUCGUGUUCAUCACAGAAUUCACACUGGAGAAAAGCCUUAUAAAUGCAGUGAAUGUGGGAACUCCUUUACCGCUAGCACUGACCUUCACCGUCAUCAGAAAGUUCACACCGGAGAAAGGCCUUAUAAAUGCACAGAUUGUGAGAAAUCUUUUAUCAGGAGCAUUGCCCUUCGAUAUCAUCAGAGAUUGCACACAGGAGCAAAGCCUUAUGAGUGCAAUGAAUGUGGGAAAUCUUUUAUCAGUAGCACUGCUCUUUCCCAUCACCAGCGAAUUCAUACUGGAGAAAAGCCUUAUAAUAGUGAUUGUGGGAAAUCUUUUACCCAAAGCUCUGCCCUUUGUAAUCAUCAGAGACUUCAAACAGGAGAAAAGCCUUAUAAUUGCAGUGAAUGUGGGAAGUGUUUUACCCAGAGCUCUGCCCUUUGUAAUCAUCAGAGACUUCAUACUGGAGAAAAGCCUUAUCAAUGCAAUGAAUGCGGGAAAUCUUUCAACAGGACUAGUCAUCUUCAUGAACACCAUCAGAGAAUUCACACUGGAUUAAAGCCUUAUAAAUGCAGCAAUUGUGAAAAAUCUUUUAGCACUAGCACCGGCCUUCACUGUCAUGAGAAAGUUCACACUGGAGAAAAGACUAAUAAAUGCACUGAAUGUGGGAAAUCUUUUACCAGGAGCACUUCCCUUCGAUAUCAUCAGAGAUUGCACACUGGAGAAAGGCCCUAUGAGUGCAGUAAGUGUGGGAAAUCUUUUUCCAGGAGCAAUGACCUUCGUGUUCAUCACAGAAUUCACACUGGAGAAAAGCCUUAUAAAUGCAGUGAAUGUGGGAACUCUUUUAGCGCUAGCACUGACCUUCACCGUCAUCAGAAAGUUCACACCGGAGAAAGGCCUUAUAAAUGCACAGAUUGUGAGAAAUCUUUUAUCAGGAGCAUUGCCCUUCGAUAUCAUCAGAGAUUGCACACUGGAGAAAGGCCCUAUGAGUGCAGUGAAUGUGGGAAAUCUUUUUACAGUAGCAGUGACCUCCGUGUUCAUCACAGAAUUCAUACUCUCUAAAAAACUUAUAAAUGCACCAAUUCUGGGAAAUCUUUUAUCAGGAGCACUUCCCUUCCAUAUCAUCAGAGAUUUCACACUGGACAAAGGCUCUAUGAAUGCAAUGAAUGUGCGAAAUCUUUUUCUAGGAGCACUGACCUUCGUGUUCACAGAAGUCAAACUGGAGAAAAGCCUUAAAAAUACAGUGAAUCUAGGAACUCUUUUAUCCACAGCCCUCUCCUUUUUCGUCAUCAGCAAGUACACAUUGGCACAAACCAUUAUAAAUGCCUUGAAUGUUGGAAAUCUUUUACAACUAAUGAAUCUCAUCCAUUGAAAUACCUACAUGAGCCAAAACUGGUUUGGCUCAAUGGAUAGAGCAUCUGCGUGCGGACUGAAACAUCCUGGGUUUGAUUAUGGUUAAGGUCAUGCACCUUAGCUGCGGGCACAUCCCCAGUGGGGGGUGUGCAAGAGGCAGCUGAUGGAUGAUUCUCUCUCAUUGAUGUUUCUAAUACUUUAUCUCUCUC